AAAAUGCCUCUGCAUCAUGUAUCGACCACAUCCUCUCGCCCGGAUAGCAUGGUGUCGCCGGCCUCUGCUCCACGCCAAUCGUCGCUAUGUCGCUUCACAAACCCCGCAGGCUACCGCUGAAGCCUACAGCCAGUCUCUUCCCCCAGACUGGGAAGAUGAAGCGCCUGCGCUUUCCGACUUCUCGGAGCUCCCUCACAAGGACUUCGGCAAGAACCAGCUCAUAGAAACGAACGAGGAGUUCAAGCGAAGCCUGCGUGGCAUCCUGAAGCAGUUUCCUCCCAUCACGUACGCCUUCGCAUACGGCUCCGGCGUUUUCCCACAGUCCGACGCGACCGCAUCGCGCAUCACGCACUCGCCCCAUCCGAACCCCCCAGAGGCAAUACUGAAAUGGCAGAAAGGAGGCGGCAAGAUGAUCGACUUUGUGUUCACGACGCGCUUCUCCCAGCACUUCCAUUCGCUAAACUUGCGCGAGCACCGAGAUCACUACUCCUUCCUCGGGAGACUGGGCUCCGGCGUAGUGAGCCACGUGCAAGACAGAUACGGCGCAGGAGUCUACUUCAACCCCUACAUCACCAUCAACGGCACCAUGAUCAAAUACGCCGUCGUCAACUUCGAAACGCUCCACCGCGAUCUCACCAACUGGGAUACACUCUACCUUGCUGGCCGUCUCCACAAGCCCGUCAAGAUUCUGUUCGAGGAACCAAACAUCCGCGUCGCAAAUCAACGCAAUCUCCUGUCCGCCGUCCGAUGCUCACUGCUUCUUCUUCCCCAGUCCUUCACAGAAAAAGAGCUCUAUUCCACAAUCACUGGCCUCAGCUACCAGGGUGACCCACGCAUGACGUAUGGUUCCGAGAAUCCUAAGAAGAUCGACAACAUCGUGACCCACCAGAUCCGCAACUUCCGCCUCCUCUAUCAUGACCUGAUCAUGUCGCUGCCCAAUAUCUCAUACACAGAUGAAAAGGCAAUCAGCAAGCCGGACUGGAUGGACGACACCGCACUAGAUCUCAAGCUCAAUCAGGACAUGGAUGUAGAGCGACGGGCUAACAUGGUCAGGCGACUGCCAAAGUCCUUUCGCGAGAAAAUCUACUUCCUUUAUCAGCGCAAAUUCGCCAUUCCAGGCCGCGAGUUCCAGGAUAUGCUAGAGGCCAGCAAGGAUGAAGAUGCUAAGGGAGGUCUGAAAAAGCAGGUAGGUGGAGCAUUCGAUCGGCGUAUAGCUGCAGAGAAGGACCUCCCAGCCAUGGUAACGAAGGCCAUUAACCAGACGGUGUACUGGCCAUCGACCGUCCAAAGUGCCAAGGGCAUUCUAUCUGCGGGACCAAUCCGCGCUUGGCAGUAUUUGCAGGAGAAGAGGGAGAAGGGAAAGAUGAAGUCAUGAUGUCGAACCGCGUGUCGCUCUGGGCAUAUUUUCUUUUGUAUAAAUCAUUGUCACAAUAGCGAAAAGUGACAUUUCCUGCUCAGAAGGGAGUGUGGGUCGUGUAUAGCCGCCGCCCAAAAGGCUUUUCACGGGUCAGGCUUCUAUUAUUGUCCUAGAGAGGACUCAGGAGUAGCCUAUAAUAGCGCCCAGUAUGAAUGAGACUUCAAUCCCGUUUAAGGUUAUCCGCC